AUGGACAAUAACUGGUUGAGUGUGGGACUUUGGUUGUUUUGCUUUGGCGAUUGGUUCUUUGUUUGGUGGAGACAACGUUGCCCGAUUUUGAGAUUUGCUCUCAGAAGUGACUGGAAUGCCGGGCUGAGAUUUUUGGCACAGAUCCCGGCUGCUUAUUUCAGCUGGGUGCUCAUGCAGGAAGCGUAUCAACUCAGCAUGGGAUUCGUCGCUCUUUUCUUGCGAUAUUUGCACAUUUUACACGACAAAUGGACAUGCUGGGAUCAAUGUUGGCAGAAGCUUUCCCGCACGUCUACAGGCUCUUUCUAGUUUGCAAGACAACUUUCCCGUCGAUUUCAAACGAAAAACCCACGCACACCAACAACAACAAGGAACCCAAGCUGAGCAAAAAGAUUCAGACCUUCUUGAACGGAGGAGACCUUCUCUGCUCCUCCUCUAGCAAGCCCAAAAUCAUUCCGGACCAAACCCGAACCUGUCUGGUGUCAUCCCAGGUUCUCCUGGGAUUUCGGCGCCUCAUGCUUUUCCUUGCCGUCAUUUGGUGGUCUACUAUACACAUGCAACUCAUUCAAUGUCUGGAUGGGGAUUGCCAGGGAUUCAGGGACACGAUUGACGGGUUCCUCGUUGUCGGAGGAUUGGGUGACAUUAUUUAUAAAACCGGGGUUCUCGCUGGGACCAUUCUCGGCCUGGGCACCGCGUUGGAUUACGUCGCGAGAAGUUGUCAGAAGAGUUGCAUGAGUUUGUCUUGGGUCUGGGAUAGAAUAUCGGCGAGAUUUCGACCAGGAUGAAAUAGUUUAAUCCUUUUAUUGAUAUGUCGGUUUCCGCGAGUGGGACUGUAUUUGCCGUCACAUGUGGGUAGAAUUAUAUCCGCUGCUGACCCAUCAGAAUUGCAGAUGUUAUUUGAAUGAGACGCGAUUGACCCUUGAGCCGUUCUCGUUAUUUUUUUUGAGGAUUCGAAAUGAAUUUUGCCAGCACUUAA